AUGCAUUCAGUGAUCAUGAAAAAUCAUGAGCGUGGUUGAUUCCAUUUUACUUCUCUUUUCCGGCGAACCUCGUGUGCGUGCGUUGUGAAAACGGGCGCGACGCCAUCUUCGUACUUUCUUUAGUUUGUUCUGUGCUGUGGUGUCGAGUGGUCGUUCUGUGUAUAGUUAAGUUCGCGUUACAAAAAAAUUCACAUUUUUAUGAGCACAAAUGAAGUUUUUAAAUUUGUAAAAAAUAUAUAAUUUUUCAUCCAAAAUGUACAACUAAAUUUUCUACAAAAAUUUCAACGGGCUGUGGCAGGGGCGGAAAAAAACAAAAUAAAUACUCUACAAAAAUUUCAACGAUCUGUGGCAGGGGCGAAAAAAAGCAAAAAGCCAAAGUACUUAACAUUUUUGAACAUAUACUUUUCACUACCUAAGAGUGGAUCAAAAGGGAAUCCUUCAGGAAGAUUAUACUGUCGAUAUUAUAACAUAAAGCGUCGAAAUAGGAAAAUUGGUUUUGAUAUACAGAAAAAGGAACCAGAAUCUAUUUCUGGUUCAAUGCUUGCAAAUCCUUUUCCAGACGAAGAAGACAUCAUGUUUUUAAAUAGUGAAUCUUUGGCGGACGUGAAAUGGCUUCAAAUUUAUAAAGAGCCUUGGGAAGAAAUCAAAUCUAAAUGGCAAAAAACUUAUAAGGCAAGACAACGAGAUAUUUCAAAUCAAAGUUUCCCCGACAUUUUAUUGAAUUGGCCUCUACUAAAGCACUCAGCAGGAGUGACAUUGAUCAAUAUUGAUUUCGAGAUCUUAUAUCCUGGAAAAGAAAACUUCCUUUUAGAUAAAUGGGACAGUUUCAAAGCCAGGAUCCUUCCAAUUUUCAAUGGAAAGAUAAAGGACAAAAAUUGCCAAGACCUACUCUCCAAACUUAAUAACAACAACUUUACAAAAGAUCCGGAAGACGUUAUCAUCAUAUCCCUGCUACACGCUAUACUUCUCCCACUACGACACACAUCAACUUCCGCACAAGCGAAGAAAAGGUUCCUAAAACCAACAAUCAAGGACUCACAGCAAUCCCUCAUUAUAGAGGUACAGCAGGCCAACAAUUUCAAUCCUACAAUUGACCACUUUGCUUCAAAGGUGAGAGCUUUUGGUCAAAACUUACAACCACUUAUUAUUCGUUGCUAUUUCGAUGACUCGUACGUAGUUUAUUUCAAUGAAAUUAAAUAUAAAUUUAAAGAUAUAUUGCCUGCAUUGGAUAGUUGUUUCAAAAUAUUUUUUGUUCUUAAUCUGAAAUAUCCUAUGCCUUGUAAAUCUGUUUGGAUUUUCAUCCAAAAAUAUUUUUUUGAAAUUGACACUUUUGAAAGAGCAUCUCCAGAUGUUCUAGUCCUAAUUGAAUCUUUAAAAAAUAAUAAUGUAUAAAUGCCAUAUAUGUUUAACAUCCUUAGUAGAUGUUAAAACACUUGUUAUCCACUAUAAACAAAAACAUUAUUUUAAAGCAACUAAUGAUUAUGAAUGUUUUAACUGUAGUCAAAUCUAUAAUUUAAAGAGUUUUAAAAGACAUUUUGAACGAUCUUGUAAGAAUUUAAAUCCCAGUCCAUCUUCUUCUACACCUGUACUCGUAGAUGAUACAUUUUCUUUUGAAGAAAACAUUCAAGACACUAACCUUGAAAAUAAAAGUACACCGCCUGAACAACAUAAUAUUUUUGAAGUCAUUGAAACUUCUGCAACUAGAUUUCUUUGUAAUUUGUACGGAAAUUCUAAUUUAUCUCGUAAAAUUGUUGAAGAUAUAGUUGCAGAUUUAACAGAAGAAUUUUUUUCAGUAAUAUUCAAAAAAUUAAACCAAGAGUUUUCUGAACAUAUUAAAACUGAUAUGAAAGAUAAAUUUAAACACACUCUCACUUUUUUACAGAAUCCGUUUCACAAAGUCAAAACUUUUUACAAAUUUAUUCAAACGACAAAAAGUAACAAUUUAUAUCAUGAACCUUCAAGUUAUAUUAUAAAUAAGGAAGUUUGUGUUAAGAGUGGAACAAUACCUUCAUUAGAUAGUGUUGAAUCCGACGGUAUUAUACUACCUUUAAAUUUUCAGUUUAAGAAGUUCUUUGAAUUACCUGAAAUCUAUAAAGCAACUAUACAAAAUAUGAAAUAUCUUAUUACUAACAAUAUUAAUCAUUUGGUAACAACUAACAUUUGGAGGGAAAGAAUUAGUAAAUUCCCAGAAGAAAAACGUUCCAAAGUAAUACCUUUUAAUUUAUAUUUCGAUGAUUUUGAAUCAAAUAAUCCUCUAGGUUCUCACGGUGGAACUCAUUCCAUUGGAGCCGUAUACUAUAAUUUUCCAAGUCUUCCGCAGCACAUUAAUUCUGAAUUAAACAACAUUUUUGUUGCAAUGUUGUUUUAUUCCAAAUAUAAGUGCUUUGGAGAAAAUUCGAUUUUUUAUCACCUUGUUGAGGAAAUAAAAAUACUGGAAGAGAAAGGAGUUCCAAUUACAUUGAGAUCUGGAGAGACAGAUCAUUUUUACUUUGUAUUAGGCUUAAUAACAGGCGAUAAUCUAGGCUUAAAUACAAUUCUUGGUUACUCCAAAAGCUUUAAUUCACAUUAUUACUGUCGUAUUUGCACUUGUUCCAAAACUCAGAACCAUGUAACUUGUUCUGAUAAAAGUAGCUAUCACAGGACAUUUAUUGGAUACAAAAAUGAUAUAGUAAAGUUUUCAAAAUCAAGUGAAAGAAUGAUAAAUACUGGAAUCAGGGAGGAAUCAGUUUUCAAUAAUAUUCCAUCAUUUCAUGUAGUUCAUAAUGUUACAGUUGAUAUUAUGCAUGAUAUAUUUGAGGGUGUAUGCCACUACGAUUUGUGCAAGCUAUUUAAUCAGUUUAUAUUGGUUGACAAUUUUUUUUCUUUAGACGUUUUAAAUAACAGAACACAACUUUUCAAAUACAGUAAAUCCGAAAUAGGUAAUAUUGCCCCUAUUAUUAAACCCGAACACAUCCAAAGGCAAAAGUUAAACAUGUCAGCAAAAGAGAUGUGGACGUUUUGCCGAUUUUUACCAAUUAUUAUUGGUGAUCUUGUCCCAGAAAAAAAUAAUCACUGGAAAUUAUUAACUUUUCUCAAUAAAAUCAUAGAUAUUGUUUUAAAAUCAGAUUUUAAGGAAGUUGACAUCCAUAAUUUGCAAACUUUAAUUUCAAGGCAUCACUCGAGAUACAUCAAGCUAUUCAAUGAAAAAUUAAAACCAAAAUUUCAUUUUAUGAUUCACUAUCCUUAUGUUAUGCGUAUGCUUGGUCCCCUAAAACACUUUUGGUCAUUUCGAUUUGAAUCAAAACAUAAAGAGCUUAAAAACUAUUGUAAUAGCAUUACUUCUCGAAAAAAUCUUCCAUUGUCCUUAGGUAUUAAAAGCUCAUUGAUGUUUUCUAAAAGAGUUACUUGCAUCUCAGAAAUUUCUCCUGAAAUUUCUAAUAUUUCUAAAACUAAUGAGUUUUUAAUAAAAGAAAGUUUUUUUUAUUCUAAAUUACGAAAUAUUUCUUCUUAUAAAAUUCAUUUUGAUGACGAGUUGAGUUAUAAUUCACUUACUUACCAAAAAAUUUGCUAUAAGAUCAAUGAUUACAUUGGAUUUUCUGAAAAUAUUUUUAGAAUCGAAUGUUUGGUCUUGUUGAAAACUAUUCCAUACGUAAUUUGUGAAAAAAUUAUAGUUUCCGAUUACAUUGAUCAUUUUAAUUCUUAUGAAGUCCUUAAAAACACUGAUGAUUACUACAUUUACAUUAUUAAUAAAUUUGAUGGCCCGCCUGUUUCCUUACUCUCUAACCCCAAUGGUAAAAAUUAUAUAUUUUUAAAUUUUUUUUGAAGAUGUACUCAUCUAGCUUCUAAAAAGUGUACUCACACUCUUUUAAUUCUUUUUAAAUUUUUAAUUAAUUGUGUCAACGUCAUAUACAGAACGUUUUCUGAGCCUCUGUGGUGCUCUGUGCCCCCCCCCCCCUUUUCUUAUUUUUUACUUUUCAUCUUUGGGUUUAAAUAAAAACUAUUAUAAAGCAUAACUCGAAGCUAUCUUUCCUUUAUCCAUAAAGCUAUGAUUAAGAAAAAUGUCUUUUACUAACGUACGAAAAUGUUACAUACAUAAUCUGAUUUGCG